UGUGUCCAGGGUACAUAGAAGCCCAAGACAUACACUGUUCACAGGACAGAAAUAUACAAAGAUUUAUCUAAGUGAACUUUUCCACCAUUUUCGUUCCUUCUCCGGAGUAAACCACCGUUCCAUCAUCAUGCGUGAAUGUAUCUCGGUUCAUAUCGGCCAGGCCGGAGUCCAGAUCGGGAAUGCCUGCUGGGAGCUCUAUUGCUUGGAGCACGGUAUCCAGCCCGAUGGUCGGAUGCCCACCGAAAAAGUCUCCAACGCUGUGGAUGACUCCUUCUCUACAUUCUUCUCCGACACUGGCGCCGGCCACCUCGUUCCGCGAGCCGUGUUCGUCGAUCUGGAGCCCACUGUCGUCGAUGAGGUCAGGACUGGUCACUACCGUCAGCUUUACCAUCCGGAGCAGCUGAUCUCCGGAAAGGAAGAUGCAGCUAACAACUACGCGCGAGGACACUACACGAUCGGCAAAGAAAUCGUCGAUUUGGUUCUGGAUCGCAUUCGAAAACUGGCCGAUCAGUGUACCGGUCUCCAAGGUUUCCUCAUCUUCCACUCAUUCGGGGGUGGAACCGGAUCCGGCUUCACGUCUCUUCUCAUGGAACGCCUUUCGGUGGACUACGGAAAGAAAUCCAAACUCGAGUUCUCCAUCUAUCCCGCUCCACAGGUCGCCACUGCCGUUGUCGAACCGUACAACUCGAUUCUCACCACCCACACAACUCUGGAACAUUCGGACUGCGCUUUCAUGGUCGACAAUGAGGCCAUAUACGACAUCUGCCGCCGUAACCUUGACAUCGAACGACCGUCGUAUUCGAACCUUAAUCGUCUGAUUUCGCAAAUCGUCUCCUCAAUCACCGCCUCACUCCGAUUCGACGGAGCUCUCAACGUCGAUCUCACCGAGUUCCAGACCAAUUUGGUGCCUUACCCCAGGAUACACUUCCCCCUGGUGACCUACGCGCCCGUCGUGUCGUCGGAGAAAGCCUAUCACGAACAGCACACUGUCGCGGAAAUUACGAACGCGUGCUUCGAGCCUGCCAAUCAAAUGGUGAAAUGUGACCCACGUCACGGGAAGUACAUGGCGUGCUGCAUGCUCUACCGUGGAGACGUCGUGCCCAAGGACGUGAAUGCCGCGAUUGCAGCAAUCAAGACUAAGCGGACUAUUCAAUUUGUCGAUUGGUGUCCCACAGGAUUCAAGGUUGGAAUCAACUACCAGCCGCCGACUGCCGUGCCAGGAGGAGAUUUGGCUAAAGUUCCUCGUGCCGUGUGCAUGUUGUCGAACACAACGGCCAUCGCCGAAGCCUGGGCCCGUCUCGACCACAAGUUCGAUCUUAUGUACGCCAAGAGAGCCUUCGUACACUGGUAUGUCGGAGAAGGAAUGGAGGAGGGAGAAUUCUCCGAGGCUCGCGAGGAUAUGGCUGCUCUCGAGAAGGAUUACGAGGAAGUCGGUAUGGACUCUAACGAUCAAGGCGACGGCGGGGAUGAAUAUUAAUUCUUGAUCAAUAUUCGUAUGCGCCAUGGCGUACCCGAGUCGCGCGAUCUUCCGUCCCCUCCUCCAUCAGGAUCAAUGGAGGGAGAUACCGACCAAGCUUUGAGCAUCUGUUUCUGUAAUAAAUUUCCCAUUGCUAAUAAAUGCGAAGAAAAAGAACG